CCAAAAAAGUGACACCAUCGCCUGUGGCCCGUAUUAACUUUUACACCGAAAAGGUAAAAGAAAAAGUAAGAAAGUGUAAUAUAAUUAAGAAACAUGCUACACCUGCCACUGAAGAUGAACAAAAACUGUUUCUUGCUGGGUUACAAAGCACGGGAAAAUAUUGUAGGAUUUGUGGCAUUCAGUGAAUAUAAUGAGUGUUUUAUGAAUGACAAACCACUGCCUAAGGAAAGAAGUAUUCCAAUUAAAUACAGAGAUUUUUAUUUCAAAGAAGAAUACACUUCAGCCAGUGACACAUAUUUAUUGGGCAUUUGUCAAAAGGCAGACAUUCCACCAAUCACAAAGGAACAGAUUGGCUAUGUGGAAGAGGUAACCAGGGGACAGGCUUCAUCACUGGAUUGGCAUAAUCAGAGGAAUGGACGGAUUACUGGAUCUGUGGCUCAUGCCUUCUUGAGAACUGACCCCAAUCAUCCAGCCCAAUCUCUAAUUUACAAGGCAUGCUCUACCAGCACAGUACAAAUCAACACAGCUGCAAUUUCAUGGGGCAAGGAGCAUGAAAAUGAUGCUUAUGUGCUUUACGAAUCCAUUAAUGACAGUAGGUUCCAAGUGGACAAUAAAAUAUCAGGACAUAUUCUCCCACUGUCCCGAGGAGUUCAUACAAACUUCCAUGUGCGGAAGUGUGGAUUUAUGAUUUCGGAUGAAUUGCCGUUCCUUGGUGCCUCACCUGAUGGACUUUGCUGUUGUGACUGUUGUGGUCAGGGGGUACUUGAAAUAAAAUGCCCCUACAAAUUUCGAAAUAUUGAUUUUGACAAUGCUGCUAAAGACCCCUACUGUUGCAUCACAGCUGACUACAAAUUAAAAGUUAACCAUUCUUAUUACACGCAAUGUCAGUUUCAAAUGUUUGUUGCCAAUGCAAGCUACUGUGACUUUGUAUUUUGGACCCCAGUUGAUGUUGUCGUGACACGGAUUUCGAUUGAUAAUGAUUUUGUCUCAACAAUGAAGAGUAGGCUUGAGGCAGUGUGGCGAGGUGGCAUACUCCCGGAACUAUUAUCCAGAAAAAUGGAAUUGCUUAGUAAUGAGAAAGAAAACACUGAUAGCAAUAUCAAGAAUUUGACAACAUACUGCAUUUGCAAAACAGAAACAGAGUCUGAAGACAUGGUAGCAUGUGACAAAUGUGACCAAUGGUUUCACAUUAGCUGCAUUGGACUAAAACGUGUUCCCCGCACAGCCACAUGGUUCUGCAAAGACUGUAGAAAGUUACGAAAAUCUACACAAUAACAUUAUGAACUUGUGAAGAAAUCCACACUGAUAUUAAUA